AUGGUUCCUGCUGUACCUGUAGGUGCCAUAUGGAUUCAAUUUGAUUUAGACCAAUGGAAUGAUCGUGACGACGGUGUUAUACAAGAGUGGCUACUUUUGCCAAGUAGUGAUAUAUCGGAAGAAGAGGAGCUUGGAAAUGAAGGAGAAAUUGAAGAAGACCUCGUAUUUGAUAUAAUUUUCAAUCGGGGCUUAGAAGAGCAGCUAGAAGCUGAUGGAAUAAAUUUGGAAGAGAUUCGGGUUGCAGUGUCUGAGGGUGAUAAUGAAUUUGGAGACGUUGAAGAACAGGAAGCCGAAGACAUCCAAUCUGCAUCUGAGAUUGUGACUGCUUUACCAGAAGAAGAGGACGUGAGUAUGGCAGAUCCAGACUAUAUGCGUCCAGGACCUUCUACAGGUAGGCCUAUACAUAGAAGAGGGGAGGGGAAGACGACAAGAAAAUGCCCCCAGAGUAAGACGUGCUGUACAAAGGGAUAG